GAAAGACUAGACUUUUUCUUUUCUCAAUCAUGUUGGUUUCUCCUCCCGUUCCAAUCCCAAUUCGCAUUUUCAUUUGGUUGACUUUCCUUUACUCAAUGAUCAAAGUCAAACACUCAUCGAUCUUGCAUUGCAAUAUCUGUAUCCUCUUCAUUCUUCGUUCUUUCGAAUUCCAGCCAUUUUAGCAACUCCAAAUCAUGGCUCAUUUUGUGUACGGUGAAACUCCAUCCUUUGGAGGCUCAAAUCACGGACAACCCCACCAGUUUCUUCCAUUUCCAACUUCUUCAACCUCUUUACCCAUUUUCCUCUUACAUGGCAACUUGGAAAUAUGGAUCCACGAGGCCAAGAACCUUCCCAACAUGGACACCUUCAGCAACAAGCUAGGAGGCAUGCUUUCCAAGCUCCCUAAGAAUCUCGGAGGCAAAAUAGAAGGCCACGUGUCCCAAAACUUAUCCACCAGUGAUCCCUAUGUCACAGUGUCUGUGUCAGGUGCUGUAAUAGCCAGAACCUUUGUCAUCAGAAACUCUGAGAACCCUGUUUGGAUGCAGCACUUCAAUGUCCCUGUUGCUCAUCAUGCUGCAGAGGUUCACUUCGUUGUGAAGGACAGUGAUUAUGUGGGGUCACAGAUUAUAGGUGCAGUUGGGAUCCCAGUGGAAAGGUUAAUCGAUGGUACAAAAGUUGAAGGCGUUUUCCCUAUCCUUAAUGCUAGCGGAAAACCUUGUAAGCACGGAGCAGUGUUGAAUUUGUCAGUUCAGUACACACAUGUUGAUAAGGUUGCCCUUUAUGGUAAUGGUGUAGGUGCUGGUCCUAAUUAUGAAGGGGUCCCAGACACUUACUUUCCUCUUAGAAAGGGUGGAAGGGUUACACUCUAUCAGGAUGCUCAUGUUCAUGAAGGUUUCCUUAACAAUUUGGAUGCCAAUUAUAAGCAUAAAAGUUGUUGGGAAGACAUAUUUGAUGCAAUAAGUGAGGCACGUAGAUUGGUAUAUAUUGUUGGUUGGUCUGUUUACUACAAUGUCAGUUUGAUUCGAGGUACUAGAGGUGAUGGAAAGGAUUGCACUUUAGGUGAACUUCUCAAAGCCAAAUCACAGGAAGGUGUGAGAGUUUUGCUCCUUGUGUGGGAUGAUCCUACUUCCAAUAGCUUCCUUGGUCAGAAAACGGUUGGACUAAUGGACACUCAUGAUGAGGACACUCGCCAUUUCUUCAAGCACUCUUCCGUACGAGUGCUUCUCUGCCCAAGAGCUGGUGGAAAAGGACAUAGUUUGCUCAAAACACAGGAAGCUGGGACUAUCUAUACCCAUCACCAAAAGACUGUCAUUGUGGAUGCUGAUGCAGGGCAUCACAAAAGAAAGAUCGUAGCUUUCAUAGGAGGACUUGAUUUAUGUGGUGGAAGAUAUGAUACACCAGAACAUUCUCUCUUUAGGACUUUGCAGACAACUCACAAAGAUGACUUUCAUAAUCCUAACUUUAAGGGGCCUAUUACUGGGUGUCCAAGAGAACCAUGGCAUGAUUUGCACUCGAGAAUUGAUGGUCCAGCAGCAUAUGACAUCCUGACCAAUUUUGAGGAGCGUUGGUUAAGGGCAAUAAAAAUGAGCAAACUCCAGAAGAUGAAAAGCUCAUAUGAUGAUUCAUUACUGAAAGUUGAUAGAAUUGCAGACAUUGUUGGGAUUGAUCAAGUUACUAGCCUUAAUGGUGAAGAUAACCGUGAGACUUGGCAUGUUCAGGUCUUCCGUUCAAUUGAUUCGAAUUCUGUGAAAGGAUUUCCCAAGGAACCUAUAGAUGCUAUAAGAAGGAACUUGGUGUGUGGAAAGAAUGUAAUGAUAGACAUGAGCAUACAUUCUGCAUAUGUCAAGGCAAUCAGAUCUGCCCAAAAAUUCAUAUAUAUUGAGAACCAGUAUUUUCUUGGAUCAUCAUAUAAUUGGGAUUCUCACAAAGACCUUGGUGCAAACAACUUAAUUCCAAUGGAACUUGCACUAAAGAUAGCCAACAAAAUCAAACACCAUGAGAGAUUUUGUGUGUAUAUUGUGAUUCCUAUGUGGCCUGAAGGUAUACCCACAGGUACAACUACUCAGCGGAUUCUGUUUUGGCAGUUCAAAACAAUGCAAAUGAUGUAUGAAACGAUUUACAAGGCCUUACAAGAAGCCGGGCUUGACAAUGAGUAUGAACCACAAGACUAUUUGAAUUUCUUUUGCCUUGGCAAUCGUGAGAUCCCUGAGAAUGAAAAUACUGAAAAUCCUAGUGGUGAAAACACUCCUCAGGAACUCACCAAAAAGAACAGGAGAUUUAUGAUUUAUGUUCAUUCAAAAGGAAUGAUCGUGGAUGAUGAAUAUGUGUUGCUGGGUUCUGCAAACAUAAACCAGCGAUCAAUGGAAGGCACCAGAGACACCGAGAUAGCAAUGGGAGCAUAUCAGCCUCAUCAUACCUGCACAACUAACAGGUCUAAACCCCGAGGCCAGGUCCAUGGCUACAGAAUGUCAUUGUGGAAGGAGCAUAUUGGAGGAGUGGAAGCAUGUUUCGAGCAUCCGGAGAGCCUCGAAUGCGUGAGACGGAUAAGAUCGUUGAGUGAGCAUAACUGGAGACAGUAUGCAGCUGAUGAAGUAACCGAAAUGAAGAGCCAUCUGUUGAAGUAUCCUGUUCAUGUUGAUUCAAAGGGCAAUGUGGGAUCCCUUCCUGGCUGGGAAACAUUCCCUGAUCUUGGUGGCAACAUAACCGGCACCUUCACACUAUUGCAAGAAAAUCUCACCAUCUGAUCUUAUCAACCAAUGAAAAUCAAAAGUGUGAGAUUUACAAAAAAAGAUAGAGAAUGGUAACAAUACAAGCAAAGUUUCACCAUUAUACAGGACAAUGAUUGUAACUAACAUGGAUCCAAUUCUUAACGGUGAUCCAUUUCUUCCUUGCAUUCUAUACAAUGGAAAAGUUAACUUGAGAACCAUUUUACUUUGCUUCCAUGUCAGAA